AAAAGCCUUCAGCCAGCAAUUCUCAUUUUCACAUGUGUUUUUGUGUUAGGUCCAUUUGUAUGGUGAUGAUGACAAACAAUGAUAGGUGAUUUAAGAAAAAUUGUAGUCUUAUGCAUCCAUAGCAUUUGCUACUGCGCUUUUAAGUUUCUGAAAUAUGGUUUAAAAUGUUGCUGAAAAUGUUCUCAUGACAAUGAUCAUAAAUAUGUUAGUUGUCCAGAAUUUAAUAGUUACCCGGUGAAUAAUCAGUACAAAUUACCUUCAGUGUAAUUCACUGCCACAGAAAAUGAGUGCUAUAAAAUUUCGUUGGUUGUAUUUAAUAAUGAUAAUAUUAUUAGCUGCGUCAGCUAUCCUUUCAUGCUCAAAUUAUGAUUUUGAUGACACUGCUGUGCUUUUUUCCUUUAUAUUCUUUCCACUUUCUGUAUCGGUAAGCCGACGAUUCAUUGCUUUUUGUGAAGCAUAUUGGUAUUUAGAUCCACCAAUUAGAGGACCAGGGGAGGAGCUUUUAUGUUGGUAUAUUGAUAAAAAUCUUGGUCUGGGUACAGUUUGUACUGUUGCUCUCUUCUAUGUGUUUCAGGAUAUGAAAGAAGGUAGCUUGAUUGUCCUUUUACCUGUUGUGUGCUUGGUUUUUCCUCUAUCUUUCAUUGUUGCUCUGGUGGAAAUGCUAAUGUUUGGAUUUGACGAUUCUGAAGAAAAUGAGCAUUUAAAAGAUAACCAGAGCAUUGGAGCUUGUUGGGCAAUUGGUGCUUUCAGGGCAUACUAUGAAGUAAUUUUUGAUGAUAUUGUGAAGAGGAUGUCAGAUUUUGAAAAAGAACAUGAUAUAAAAUUUGCAACGAAAAAAUAUGUUCUUCUUGCACCUCUUUCCUGCAAUGUUAAAAAAACACUUGACAGAGAUUGUGAGAGUAACAUAGAAGUGUUUGGUGAGCUGGAGAGUUUAGAGUAUGAUCAAGGAGCCAACCUUAAUAGAACAUAUAAAAAUACUGUUUAUAAAAUUACUGAAGGUUUUGAUGAAUUUUAUAUUGUUGGUGGUUUUGCAAGUUCCCUGAAUACAUUGUGGCACUUACGAGAUACAAUAGAGACAAGCAAUAAAUUCAAAAGACAAUUUGGAAGAAUGAACUAUUUAGAAUGGAAAUAUCAUAGAGAUUGUUUUAUUAAAAUUUUGGAGCAUCUGGUCAAGGAUUAUCCUUGUAUUUUCCUGAAGUAUGAUGAUAAAAAUACUACACUGAGUGCCUUUCUCAAGUGUGAAUUAUUAAAAAGUGGUUUUCCGAAAGAAAUCAAGUAAAAUAGUACAAUGUUUUGUAUUAAGAAAUGCAUUUGUCAACUAAGAGUUAGCUAGAGGAAGAGGGUGAGUAAGGUUAAUAAGAUACAGUAAAACCUCUUCAAGUGGCCACCCCUCCGUUCCGUGAAAAUCUAGCCGUAAGGGUAUUCUUUGUUGAACUGAAACAAAAAAACUAAACACAUAAUUCAACACUUCAAAAUGAGUUUUUAAGAAAAUAAAGAAAAGAAAUUGUUUUAUUCCAUGAUUUCUCCUUUUCAGGAAAAAAUUACACAAUUUGUGUUUGUUUAGUUUUAUAGAAACUUUUUUUUCUUCAAAUUUAUUUUUAAAUUGUUAAAGCAAAUCUUGAAUUGAGUCCACAGCCUAUGGAUUUCAAAUUAGGGAUGAUAUCAUCAAUUUUCUUCAGAAUUUGCCGUGUUUAAAACUUUUUGUUUAUCACAAAUAAUAUAAUAAACUCCAUUUAAAUCUAAAAUACUGUCUAAAGACUACAUUUUUUUUUUACAAUCAUGAAUCAAUAAAUGAAAAGAUUAUCAAAGUUUGCAUAUGUACCCUAAAGCUAAAAAUUAUUGUUUUCCUUUUAUGGAAAAAAUAUGUCCUCAUAUAUUACUAUAACAGGCAAUUGGAGAAAUGAUUUACACCUACAUGUGCCUAGUUCUCCAAAUGGCCUCCCCCCCCCCCCCAAACAUGCACACCAAAACACAUAAUAAAACACCUGGCCGUUCGCUUAACAAAAGGAUAACAGUUCAAGGGAAAAAAAUAAAAUUAGAAUAGUGAGCAGUCCAUUUCGAAGCACAGUCCAGCGACUACCAUGGCGCUCAAAGGAGAGUUUAAGAUUAUACGAAUAGACCAAAAAUUUCCUGCUGUGCAAAACUGGCCGCAAACAGGUGUGAAGGCUAUACAAGGGUGGUUGGGUCGAGAGGUUUCACUGUACAAUGAAGGCAUAUUUUCUUGAAAACAGAUAUUAAUUACAGUCAAUUCGUGAUAACUCGAAUCUAAAGGCACCGACGAGAAACUUCGCCUUAUCGGAAGUUCGACUUACCAUUACUUUUGGUUUUUGACAUUUUAAUAUUAAAAACCAUUGAAUAUUUUAACUCAUAUGUACAUAUAACAGACAAAAUUGCAGAACUUAAAAGCUUUUAAGCACAAUAUGCACAGUUUAAUCAAAAAGAUUGAGAAUAAAAAAUUAAAAGCAUGGUUUUGAUUUCGAUUCUGCUGGAACCACUUGAAUAGAGCUGAUUCUACUUUAGGAAAGGUGCACAUCUUCAUUUGUUUCUAAUUUGAAUUCAAGGAUUCUACCACUUUAGAAGUUUUUCUUUUUCUUUUAAUAUCAUUGAUAGAGUGUAUUUGCUUAGACAUCUUUAAUGGUAAAGAAAACUCACUCUGUCUUUCAGGAAUUUACAGCAAAUGAUCAAACUAAAGAAUGAAGGGAAACGCAUCUUAACUUAGGUCAGCCUUUAAAUAAAGGUACAAUCAGUUGAUUUGACAGCUUAAAAGCAAAUUCGUAGUCCAGCAACAUGUCAAAGAGUAAACAGUACAGUACCACAAAAAAAAAAAACAAGCUAACUCAUUUCUGCACGUGUAACUCCUUUAUCGCACACUGGCUCAACAGGUGCUCUUCUUGCUUUAGAGGUCUAUAUUGGGUAGGAAUUGCAAGUGAAGGUGAAUUAUUUUUUCUCUCAUAGUCACUUGUUUCUUUCUUUCUUUUUUUUUCAUUCUUUCGAAACAAAUCUUGAGUCAUCUUUGAAAAAACUUCGAGUUAAAGGAAGUUAACUUUGAGAUAUUGAGAAAAAUAAGCAUGGAAUUAAAGACAAAGGGGUUUUAACUUGAUAAAACUUUGAGUUAUAGUAAUAUAUGAGUCAUCACGAAUUGACUGUACAUAUUUAUUUCUAUACUUACUACAUAAAGAAGUUGCAUUUGAAGAAUACUCUGUAAUUUUCAUUAGUUUUUAUGAAUAAAUGAGUCUCCAUGAAUAUUUGGAAAAAAAAAAGAAAAAUACAAUGCCCCUUAUAACUCAUUACUGGAUCGUCUGAAAUCAAAAAGUCGAAAUAAUUUUAUUACCUUAUAAGUUUCUGCAAAUAACAAAACAUCAAGUUUCUUUUAUUAUUGAUUCUUCAAUUUUAGAAAUACUGGUUUUUCAUCAAAAAAAAAAAAAAAAAAGAAAAUGUUUGCUAUUUUAAAAUGUUAAAAUAAAAACAGAAGCUCAGUGGUAGCGCUUCGUGCUUCCACACCUCAGGCCCGGCCCUGCUCAGCCGUUCAUCCCUGCAGUGGGUCGAUAAAAUGAGUACCAAGUGUGCUUAGGAAAUAAUCCCUGGGGGUUCCUCAUUUGGCUGAUUGCCUAACUGGGACAUCUCCUUGCACCCCAGAGCCCUUGGUCAGAAAAACUGGGAUGGCCUCAGUAGGCCUUGUCCCUCAUGGGCUGUUGCGCCACUGGGUUUAGUUUAAAAUGAAAAAAAAAAAAAAAACUUUUUUAUGCAGAAACUUAAAACUAAUAAAUCAUAAUUUAGUUUUUUGAUUUCAGAUGAUUCAUUAUGUUGUUUCCCAAAAAAUGUUUCAUUUCAGUGUUAGAAAAAAAUUCAGGGGCAUUACAAAUAAACUUGAAAUAUCAGCAGCGUAUUGCUGCCAGUGGCUCAUUUCUUCAUAAAAGCCAAUAAAAAGCACAUAAACUUUUUGUCGAACAUUAUUUUAUUACACAUGUAUUGUCAAAAAAAUUAAAAUUAUAUACAAUUGAACCUUGUUAAACCCUUUUACUUUGCCAAGAAAGGUGAUGAAAAACCAGUUCAGUAUAGGAAAGCAAUACAAAUUCCCUCCUUAAACCAGUGUAAACUGCAUAAUAGCCAUGUUCACAACACACUUUUCUGUCUUGUAAAUAACUGUUCCGGCUCCGAAAAAAAAAAAGGUUGAAAAAUUCCCCUUUUACAUGAAAAAAAAGUUUUCUAUUGUACCAAAGAAAGCGGUUUUUACCCAGCAUCCUUAGCGGCUAUACCCAGCAAGUAGACGAACUUGUUUUGCUUAAUGCAUUCUGGGUAAAAAUUCCACUUUUACUCCAGAAGGAAGCAGGAAGAGAAAUUUCACAUAUACCCCGCAAAUAACCGGAAUGCAGUGAAAAGCAGGUUUUUUCCAGGUUUGAAAGUGCCCAUGGAAACGUGCCUACUGGGUUAAACCACCAUCUUGGAAGACCACGCAAGUAAUUCAAACUCAGAGAUAAGCUACUUAGGAGAGUGAAUGACCAUGACAAGCCACAGAGGGAAAUCAUGAAUAUGUCACACAUAACCUGCCACUAAUUCCCAAUAUAAAUGCACCUACAUUAGCCACUACUUAAAAUUGUCCAGCUCACUUAUCUUUUUUCGCUUUAAUCCGCCCCCUGCUGCACACCAUCGCCAAGGAGAAUUGUUUCCAACAUCUCCAUGAACUUUAACUGGAUCUAUCUAAUCCAUCACCACUUUCAACCUUUCAUUCUGACAUUUCAUUACUCAGCUAUAAAAGCAUUCAUUCUUGACACUUUUCUGUCCCAGUUGGCGGCGGGAGGGUGCUCUGGCUUAUCCUGUAAUUGAAACCAUGUGCAGACUUCAGCAAACAAGUUUGUACAUCAACAUUUGUAUUCUUUUGCUUUGUUUUGCUAAGAACUAAAAUAAUCCUAAGCUUGCAUGAAAAAAUUCUAUUUUGUGAGUUUAAUAAAAAAAAACUAAUUCACAAGCCAUCAAUUUGUCAAUAAAUAUUUUUCAAAUUCUAGAAAAAAAAAAAAAAAAAAAAAAAAAAAUAAAUAAAUAAAACCAAAUAGCCAAAGAACCCUUGGAGAUACACUGUAGGAAAUCCAAUAGCUGUUAUUUUUCAAAGUUCAUUUGGGAAGGAAAAAACAUGCCUUCAAAUGUAUUUUCAUAAAACAUACAUUUAUGCAGGUUUAGGGAAAACUUGUUCAACCUCCACCCUUGACUUUCGGCUCAUCACCAAGGUUGGCGGUUUACCGAGGUUCGACUGUAUGUAUAUAUCGGUGCCUCAAAGUAGCAGUAGAAUAUCUUAAUGUUAUUCCUGUGAUAUUGUGUGAAGUGUGGUAUAAUAGGGUACUGUAUACAGUUGACUCUUUAUUUAACAACUUUCGAGGAACCACAAAAAAUUGUCCUUAAGUAGAAUGCAUCCUUAAAUAGAAUGCUUCUAAAACUACAAUGGAGCAUCUGGGACCUUGAAAAGUCUUCUUUAAGUAGAGAAAGUUGUUAAACAGAGAACCAACUGUUUCUGAAAAGUAAGCUCUUUUUCUUUAUUGAAUUGAUUUUAUUUCUACUUUAAGUGUGCGUAUACUGAUGCUUGAAAAUAUAGAUGCAUCGAAUACACUAUUUUGCCGAAUACUGAACAUUGGUAAAUAAAAAAUAAAAACGUUUCAUUGUAACGACUUUUCAUCUAUAAGCUAAUUUAUUUUUGCAUUGAGAAAGGUGUUCCUUGUAACCCCAAAGACGUGUCUGCAGUAAUCUGCAAUUUCAUGCAAUGAAACGCUGUUAUUUCUUGUUUUACUUUUCAUGCACAAAGUCAAAGGUAUUUUAUUUAACUGAAUAUUCGGUUAAAAUUCUUCAGCCGAAUACUGAAUACUUGCUUUAAUCUUUUAAUUGUAGCAAUUGCACUUUUAUUUUAUGCUAAUAUAAAUUAGAAAAUGUUCAUCUAUUUUGUGCCUUUUGUGAAAUGUAAAUCCAUCCAUUUAACAUCCUAAAUUUAUCUACAUUAAUUAUAGUUAUUAAAUUAAAAUAAACAAUAAAAUAAACAAUAAAAUAAAUCAUUCCUAAGGCAAAAGCAAAUUCCUAUAGUGAAUGGUUAAUUUGGUUUAUGUUUGUAUGCAAUUCUGCACAACUUGAUAAUUUAUUUAUUUUUUGACUGGUGAUUUGAUAAAUGAUAAGCAUGGUAGCAUGUUAUGUUAGAAUCUUGCAUUUAUUUAUAAGAGCCAAGAUGUUUAAAAUAUCAUCAUAAUUUAUUCAAGUGAGAUUCUUCCAUUUUAGUCUAACAGAACAAUUGAUAACAGCAAGUGAUAAGUCAACAUCUGAAUGCUUUUUUUAACAUUAAAAUUACUUCGAAUGUGACAGUAUAGUAAGUUAAAAUUCAAAUUCAUUUUGUACUAUGGUAGUAUAUUAUUGCCUUGGGAAGGUAAAGUGUACAAUAUAUGUCAAAAGCAUUUUUGACAUAUGAGGCAGUGAGAAGGAAAGGGAUGUAAGUGGACAGUUUCAAGUUUUGAGUAAAACACAUUCAAAGAUCCUAGGUAGACUUCCAUUGAAAUUUUUUCUAAAUCAUGCUGUAUAGCAGCACCUACCAGGACUACUAGUACUAUAUCUUACCCCAAGACAGAGGAGAGGUUCACCUGCCAUUUGAACUGGUUAUCUCCAAAAUUUUAAUUUUGUCACUUACAUCCCUUUGCUUCUCACUGCCUCAUGUAUUGUAGCUUCAUUGCAUAAACUUGCUUAUGUGGUUUCUGCUGAAAGUAAAGCAAGAAAAAACCUCAAAUUCCAACCUUUCCUUAUUGUUAGAAAAAAAUCUGAAGUACGUUUUUUCAAAUAUCUUAAAACCUCUUUUCUGCAAAUACCCCGUUACCUUCCCAUGGCAGUAAACAAGAGCUUUCAUUCAUUCUAAUAAAGAAAACAUGUUUGUUUACCUAUUGUUGAGCAUUUAACUUUGUUUACUAUUUGGUUGCUGAAUAUUAAAGUAUUUGGCCUAACCAAAUAUUGGGUUUGCUUACUGCAGUAUACCAAAUACCAACCAAAUAUUCGGUGCAUCUCUACUUGUAAGGGAAAUUUUUUGAAGUUGUUCUAAAACUGCCCCCCCCCCCUUAUUUAUUUUUUGGUAAAUCUGACUUUUUUUUUUUUUCAAGUUGUUCAGUUAAAGCAGAAUUAAAUUUAAAAAAAAAAAUCAUAAAUACUUAUAAUUUUUUUAGCAGGGGGGAGGGGACUGUUUAGUAAUUGUUUGCAUUAUUUAACUUGAAAUAAUACAUAUAUUUAUGUAUUUUGACUAUUAAUAUUUUGAGUAUUUUCUCAUGUAAGUGAGAAAAGAUGUAAAUUAAAAAUAAACAAAAACAUUUGAAAUGGAUCAUAACAUUUUAUGUUCAAAGUUCGUCUGUUAAAAGCUGAAUAUUUGUGAAAAGGAAGAUUAUUCAAGACUGCUUUUUAUGGAGAAGUGAAUCAUAUGAUUUUAUACUGUUUUUUUCCAACUGAGUUUUAGUAUAAUGAUCACACGCACAAUUUUUGAAAGAAGGAAAAUUUUAAAUUUGAAUUA